CAAGGAGCUACCUAUCCGCCGGUGUUUAGGAGAGGAAAGGAAAGGUCGAAGGAGAAAAAGGAGGCAGGGAAAAAGUCUCCGGGGCUGCGUGACUCGACUAAUUUUGUCUCCCACGGGCCCCUGUUGCGGCUUCGCUUGGCGUCACGGUCGGUGCGGUCGCGGAGCAUCUUGGGUAGGAGGGAGAUUCGGUCUCGCAGCUCCGAAAGAUGGCGGACGCUUUUGGGGAUGAGCUCUUCAGCGUGUUUGAGGACGACUCGACCACUGCGCCCGGAGCCAAAAAAGACAAGGAGAAGGGGAAAUGGAAGGGGCCGCCAGGGUCUGCGGAAAAGGCCGGAAAACGUUUUGAUGGUAAAUUACAAUCUGAGUCAACUAAUAUUGGAAAAAACAAGAGAGAUGCAGACUUCGAGGGCACAGAUGAACCCAUUUUUGGAAAGAAGCCCAGGGUAGAAGAGUCAAUAACUGAAGACUUAAGUUUGUCAGACUUGAUGCCCAGGGUCAAGGUACAAUCAGUUGAAACUGUCGAAGGGUGUACACAUGAGGUUGCACUUCCUGCAGAUGAAGAUUAUCUACCACUUAAACCUCGCGUUGGAAAAGCUGCAAAGGAAUACCCGUUCAUUCUUGAUGCUUUUCAAAGAGAAGCCAUUCAGUGUGUUGAUAAUAAUCAGUCUGUUCUAGUAUCUGCACAUACAUCAGCAGGAAAAACUGUAUGCGCUGAAUAUGCCAUUGCAUUGGCCUUAAGGGAAAAACAGCGUGUAAUAUUUACUAGCCCAAUUAAGGCCCUGAGUAACCAGAAAUACCGUGAAAUGUAUGAAGAAUUUCAAGAUGUUGGUCUGAUGACUGGAGAUGUUACUAUUAAUCCUACAGCAUCUUGUCUUGUUAUGACCACAGAGAUUUUGAGAAGUAUGCUGUACAGAGGUUCUGAAGUUAUGCGAGAAGUUGCUUGGGUCAUAUUUGAUGAAAUUCAUUACAUGAGAGAUUCAGAGCGUGGUGUUGUGUGGGAAGAAACUAUUAUUUUGCUUCCUGAUAAUGUUCACUAUGUCUUUCUUUCGGCUACUAUUCCAAAUGCCCGGCAGUUUGCUGAAUGGAUUUGCCACUUACACAAACAGCCUUGUCAUGUAAUUUACACAGAUUAUCGGCCUACUCCAUUACAGCACUACAUUUUUCCAGCAGGGGGAGAUGGUCUGCACCUUGUGGUUGAUGAAAAUGGUGACUUCAGAGAAGAUAAUUUUAAUACUGCGAUGCAGGUACUUCGAGAUGCUGGUGAUUUGGCAAAAGGAGAUCAGAAGGGGAGAAAAGGAGGAACAAAAGGACCAUCAAAUGUGUUCAAGAUUGUGAAGAUGAUUAUGGAAAGAAACUUUCAACCUGUAAUUAUUUUCAGUUUUAGUAAGAAAGAUUGUGAAGCCUACGCACUUCAAAUGACCAAAUUAGAUUUCAACACAGAUGAAGAAAAGAAGAUGGUUGAAGAAGUAUUCAGUAACGCAAUUGACUGCUUGUCAGAUGAAGAUAAAAAGCUCCCUCAGGUUGAACAUGUACUUCCUCUCUUGAAGAGGGGCAUUGGUAUUCACCAUGGUGGUUUACUUCCUAUUUUGAAAGAAACUAUAGAAAUUCUCUUUUCUGAAGGAUUGAUAAAGGCCUUAUUUGCCACUGAGACUUUUGCUAUGGGGAUUAACAUGCCAGCUAGAACUGUUUUAUUUACAAACGCCCGAAAAUUUGAUGGGAAGGAUUUCCGAUGGAUUUCCUCUGGUGAAUACAUUCAGAUGUCUGGUCGUGCUGGAAGGAGGGGAAUGGAUGACAGAGGAAUUGUAAUUCUUAUGGUAGAUGAAAAGAUGAGCCCAACAAUUGGAAAACAACUACUUAAGGGCUCAGCUGAUCCACUAAAUAGUGCUUUCCAUUUGACCUACAACAUGGUCUUGAACUUACUACGAGUAGAAGAAAUAAAUCCUGAGUACAUGUUGGAAAAAUCCUUCUACCAGUUUCAGCAUUAUAGAGCAAUUCCAGGAGUAGUAGAGAAGGUAAAGAACUCAGAAGAACAGUAUAAUAAAAUAGUAAUACCAAAUGAAGAAAGUGUAGUCAUCUAUUAUAAGAUUAGGCAGCAGCUUGCCAAAUUGGGUAAAGAAAUUGAAGAAUAUAUUCACAAACCAAAAUAUUGCUUACCAUUUCUACAACCAGGUCGUUUGGUAAAGGUAAAGAAUGAAGGAGACGAUUUUGGCUGGGGUGUAGUGGUGAAUUUCUCAAAAAAAUCAAAUGUUAAGAGUGUACCAUUGGGGGUGGCUGCGGAGGCUGAUAGCUUGAUGGCAGGCAGCCUGUUUAUCUUGAUCCUGAGUUCCCCUCAGGAUGCACCAUCAGGGGUGGCUUCAGUGGCUGAUGGCUGCAGCAUUCUUUGGCAGCCUAAUUCUGGUGAACUGGAUCCUUUAUAUGUAGUGGAAGUACUUCUGCGCUGUAGCAAAGAGAGCUUGAAAAAUUCAGCUACUGAGGCUGCAAAACCAGCUAAAUCUGAUGAGAAAGGAGAGAUGCAGGUUGUUCCAGUUUUGGUGCAUCUCCUGUCUGCUAUCAGCAGUGUUAGGCUUUACAUUCCUAAAGACCUUCGACCACUGGACAAUAGACAGAGUGUUUUAAAAUCAAUACAGGAAGUUCAGAAACGUUUUCCUGAUGGUGUUCCCUUAUUAGAUCCUAUUGAUGACAUGGGCAUUCAAGAUCAAGGACUGAAAAAAGUCAUCCAGAAAGUAGAGGCUUUUGAGCAUCGAAUGUAUUCUCAUCCACUUCACAAUGAUCCAAAUCUGGAAACUGUGUAUACGCUUUGUGAAAAAAAAGCACAGAUUGCAAUAGACAUUAAAUCCGCAAAGCGAGAACUAAAGAAAGCAAGAACUGUCCUACAAAUGGAUGAGCUCAAAUGUCGCAAACGUGUUUUAAGGAGGUUGGGAUUUGCUACGUCUUCUGAUGUCAUAGAGAUGAAAGGACGAGUGGCUUGUGAAAUAAGCAGUGCUGAUGAGCUCCUUCUAACUGAGAUGAUGUUUAAUGGCCUUUUCAAUGACCUAUCAGCAGAACAGGCAACGGCACUACUAAGCUGCUUUGUGUUUCAAGAGAAUUCUAGUGAGAUGCCCAAAUUAACAGAGCAAUUAGCAGGACCACUUCGUCAAAUGCAGGAAUGUGCUAAAAGAAUUGCAAAAGUUUCAGCAGAAGCCAAAUUGGAAAUUGAUGAGGAGACUUACCUAAGCUCAUUUAAACCUCACUUAAUGGAUGUAGUAUAUACCUGGGCAACUGGAGCUACAUUUGCCCAUAUCUGCAAAAUGACAGAUGUCUUUGAAGGCAGCAUAAUUCGUUGUAUGAGGCGCCUGGAAGAACUACUUCGACAAAUGUGUCAAGCAGCAAAAGCCAUUGGAAACACUGAGCUGGAAAAUAAAUUUUCAGAAGGAAUCACCAAAAUCAAGAGAGAUAUUGUGUUUGCUGCCAGCCUCUACCUAUAAAGAGUCAGCUAAAGGAAUGUGGGAUUUUAAAUUGUUCACCACCUGUCUGAUGUAUUAUAUUUAAAUCAAGCAUCAUUCUAAGAAAGCAUAUUACAUACACAGUUGUACAUAAGCAUUACAUUUUUUUAAUAAAAAAAUGUACAGGUGGGG